AUGGGGCCUCUCAUUCCACGUAUGCAUGUCUUUGAGAUCGCCGACUAUCCCUGGGUCCCAAGCUUCUUGCGCGGCUACUUUCAAGCAGGCCUCACCGCCGCAUGGACGAUCCACGUGCCCUUCCUGCAAAGCUCCUCGCCGGCGCAAGUCGUUGCCCACCUCCUCUCCACCCAACUUGGUAGCACCCUCCGCUCCCACAUUUUCAUCGACUUCUGUGCGGGAGGCGGCGGCCCCACCCCCUCCAUCGAGCAUCACCUCAACCAAUCCCUCUCCGCCGGCAAGAAGUCGGACGCAGCGGCGGAACCCAUUCAAUUCGUCCUGACAGACCUGCACCCGCACACAGACCUCUGGACCCGAGCCGCCGCGAAGAGUCCCAAUAUCUCCUAUGUCUCGGACCCCGUGGACGCGGCGCGCGUGCCGAGGGAUCUGAUAGGAGGGUAUAGACGCGAAGGGAAGAAGGUCUUCCGGUUGUUCAACCUUGCCUUCCACCACUUUGAUGACGAGCUGGCAAGGCGGAUACUGAGAGAUACAGUCGAUGGUGGCGGCGAUGGGUUCGGCAUCUUUGAGCUGCAGGACCGGGGCAUCGCUGGAUUCACGGCGUGCUGUCUCUUCGGACUCGGGAUCCUCAUCGUGGCGCCGUACUAUGCGUGGCUUUGGAGGGCGCCGCUAGCGCUGUUCUUCACGUAUGCGGUACCCAUCCUGCCGUUUGUGCUGGUGUUCGAUGGGUGGAUGUCAUGUUUGAGGACGCGGACUCCAGAUGAGGUCGAGGCGCUGCUCAGGACCUGCGGCGCCGAAGGGGGCGAGAAGGAGAUCGCGAAGUGGGAGGUGAAGAGUGGGAGCGAGAUGUUCAUGUGGCCGGUCGGGAAGGUGAACUGGAUUAUCUGCGUCAAGAGGUAG